AUAAUAUAUAGAGUUCCACAAGAACCACAACUUGCUACUACACUCUUCCUUCUUCCCUUUCUUUCUAACCAAAAUAACUUCUUCUCAAGAAAAAAAAAAGAAAUGGCUCUAGAAUUGAUGGAUAUCUUCAUACUUGUCUUUGGAGCCCUCAUAUUUUGUGUAUGGUGGCGAUACUGGUCGGUCACCGGCGGCGGAGCAAAGAAUCUGCCGUCAGGACCACCAGGUUGGCCACUAGUUGGUAACCUCUUCCAAGUUAUCCUCCAACGCAAACCUUUCAUAUACAUUGUACGAGAUUUACGCACCAAAUACGGCCCAAUAUUCACCAUGCAAAUGGGCCAACGAACCCUGGUAAUCAUCACCAGCUCCGAGCUCAUCCACGAAGCCCUUGUCCAAAAGGGCCCUCUGUUCGCCAGCCGGCCCGCUGAUUCCCCAAUCCGCCUCUUGUUCAGCGUCGGGAAAUGUGCCAUAAACUCGGCCGAAUACGGCCCCUUAUGGAGGACGCUUCGCCGGAACUUCGUCACGGAGUUGAUAAAUCCGACAAGGAUCAAACAGUGCAGCUGGAUACGGAACUGGGCUAUGGAGAAGCACAUGAAGAUGCUCCAUUUUCAGGGCUCCAACGACGGGUUCGUCGAGGUGAUGAGUAGCUGCCGGCUUACAAUUUGCAGCAUCCUGAUUUGUCUCUGUUUCGGGGCGAAGAUCUCCGACGAAUGGAUUAAAGAAAUCGAAACCAUUCUCAAAGAUGUGAUGAUGAUGACCACCCCAAAGCUGCCUGAUUUCUUGCCGGUUUUCCUUCCCCUGUUUCGGAGCCAAAUGAAAGAAGCAAAGCAGCUGAGGAAAAGGCAGCUGGCUUGUCUGGUUCCUUUGAUUAGGGCCAGAAAAGCCUUUGUUGAGAGCGGUGGAAAUGUUGAUUUUAACGCGGGAAUGGCGGAAAAAGUGGAAAUGGUUAGCCCAAUCGGAGCUGCUUAUGUUGAUUCUCUGUUCAGUUUACAGCCAACGGGACGCGGGAAGCUUACCGAGGAGGAAAUUGUUACUCUCUGUUCGGAAACAAUUAGUGCUGGCACAGACACCAGUGCCACUGCUGCUGAAUGGGCUAUGCUUCAUUUGGUCACCAAUCAGGAGAUUCAAGAAACUCUGUACAGAGAAAUCGUCGAUUUGGUUGGGAAAAACGGGAUUAUCUCUGAGAAGGAUGUCGAAAACAUGCCGUUUCUUACCGCCAUUGUUAAAGAGACUUUUCGGAGGCAUCCUCCGAGCCAUUUCGUGUUAUCCCAUGCUACUACUGAGGAUACGAAACUGUGUGGCUACACAAUCCCACGUGAUGCGUACGUGGAGUUUUACACUGCGUGGAUCACGCAGGACCCGGACAUAUGGGAGGAUCCGGAAAGGUUUUGGCCUGAGAGGUUCUUGACCGGAGAUGGAGUUGAUGUGGACAUAACCGGCGUGAGGGGGGCGAAAAUGUUGCCGUUUGGAGCCGGGCGGCGGAUCUGCCCGGCUUGGACGUUGGGUACGUUGCACAUUCAUUUGUUGCUUGCUAGGAUGGUUCAUGAGUUCAAGUGGUUGCCCAUACCCGAUAACCCGCCCGACCCGACCGAGACUUUCGCUUUCACUGUGGUCAUGAAGAAUCCUUUGAAGGCAAUUAUUUUGCCCAGGACAAAGAUAUGAAUGUUCUAGUUGGGAUUCUCAUAAUUAAAGUGGGGAGCAUUAAAUUGCUUAUUUUUUUUCGGAUGGUUUAAUGUAGUUGUAUUGGACCAUGCUGCCUUAUUUGCGUUGAAUCAUGUUGGUUACAUUUGAUUGUUUGCUUGUCUCCUUAGUCCUUGCCCUCUUUAGUACCUAGUAUCAUAUCAAUUAGAUUUUUU